GCUCGGUGUACGAGUGUGAGCCAUAGUGACCGCACCUGCUUCCGCCAUCACCUUCUGUACUAUGGCUCGAAAUCGCCGAGCACGUGAGAGAACUCCGGUUGGGGAAGAUGAGCCGAUACCUAGGGGGUUUGCUGAUUCUUUUGGACAGUUCUUUCGGCAGAUUGCCGCAGCACUCCCCGGGUCACGUACUGACUAUACUGUGGAGCGUGCUAAGAGGCACGGGGCUCAGACUUUUGCUUCUGCCGCCUCACCUGUUGAGGCUCAGCGGUGGAUUGACAGGAUGGAGAGAGUUUUCUCCCAAAUGGAUCUUCCAGAGGAUAGGAAAGUGGAUUUGGCAGUACAGUUUCUUGAGGAUACCGCCUGGCAUUGGUGGAUUGAUGUUACGAAUGACCCUGCAAAUGUUGGCCCCAUGACAUGGGAUAUGUUCAAGACCCAUUUCUAUGGACGGUACUUUAGUGAUGCCCACCUUAAUCGGAUGCAAGACCAGUUCUUGAGCUUAGUGAAGAGAGAUGAUCAGUCAGUGUUGGAGUUUGAGCAGGAGUUUCUCUCCUUAGCCCACCAUGUGCCGGAUUUGGUUCGCACCGAGCAAAGCAAGAUUCGUAGAUUUGUUUUGGGACUUGGAGGCAAGUUUAAGGACAAGAUGUUAGGCACACCGUAUCGGAGCUUUGCUGAGGCAGUAUCUUAUGCCAUGGACAUUGAGUCAGACUCACCUGCUGGAUUUCACCCUAGGGAUCCUGGUGGCCCUAGCCAGGGUCCAUCUAAGAGGGCUACUUCCACAUCUGGUUCUGGUUCUUCAGUUGGUAGUGGAAAGAGCAGUGGUUCCAGUUCGAGAACCCGUACUAGAUUCAGGGCACGUGACAGGAGAUUCUCUCGGGGUCAGUCUAGUAGACGACAGUUUGGACAGUUUGAGAGGUCCAGGAGUUAUCAUGGUGGUUCGAGUGGGGCUUCUGCUAGCCAGCCAGCCCAGUAUGGGCAGUAUCAGACAGCUGGAUGUUUUAUUUGUGGUCAGCAGGAUCACUUCAGGAGGGACUGUCCCCUUGCGACUCAGGGAGCUAGAUCUACCCCACUCAGACUGUUGGUCAGUCCUCUGCUGGUGGUUCUACUAGCAGCGCCCGCACUAGCUCGGUAG